AUGGCGACCUUCGCAAUCGGUAAGAUAGGAAACUUUGACGAUGGCAUAGAAACGUGGGAGGCCUAUUCUGAACGCCUUGAACAGUAUUUCUUAGCCAAUGAGGUACAUAACGAUAAGAAGGUACCGGCACUACUCAGUUUAAUAGGUCCAAAAACUUAUGCGUUACUAAAAACCUUAGUAGCCCCAGACAAACCGUCUGACAAAACUUUUGAAGUGCUGAUUGAUCAUCUAAAUAAACACUUGAACCCCAAACCUCUUAUCAUCGCGGAACGUUUCCGGUUCCACAAGCGGGACCAAAAACACGGUGAAACAACAAUGCAGUAUGUUGCGGAGCUGCGAAAUCUGGCUAUUCAUUGCAAUUUUGGUGCUAAUCUUGGUGACACUCUACGAGAUCGAUUUGUGUGCGGUCUGAGAAAUGAAAACAUCCAGAAAAACCUUUUAUCGAAGGAUGAUCUGACCCUGGACAAAGCGGUGAAGACUGCAGUAGCUAUGGAAACAGCCACUAAUGACGCAAUCGAAUUACAGGGACAACGUAGCCAACAACAGGUCAACAAGGUACACUUGAAAACAUUUACCCCUAAAAAACAGUCCAAACAAAAAUCUGCGCCUGCGCAACCAUGUUUUCGAUGUGAGGGUGACCAUAAACCUGACAAGUGUAAACAUAUCAACACUGUGUGUCGUUUUUGUUCGAUUAAGGGACAUAUUGAAAAGGCGUGUUUGAAGAAACGUAGAGGGAAACGACAGGACAGUAGGAAAACAUCCAGAAGCAGAGGAGUACACAUGCUACGAGAAUCCGAAUCAGAUGACGACCAAAUUCUGCACAUAAAUGUGAAUAGCGUACAGGAGAAACACACGAAACCCAUUAUCGUGAAACCUACUAUAGCUGGUAGACUUGUUAGCAUGGAGCUGGACACAGGUACAGCACUGUCGAUAAUUUCCGAGCAGGAUUAUCAGUCAACUUUCAAAGAUGUGAAACUAAAGUCGUGCGACAAAACAUUGCGAUCCUACUCUGGACAUCCCAUGAGACCCAUUGGUAAGCUGAAAACCUUGGUAGCAAUAAAUGGACAAGAAGCCGAGUUGGAUUUAUUCGUUGUACCUCAGAAUGGACCAGCGCUUUUUGGUAGAGACUGGUUAGAGAAACUCCAACUCAACUGGAUUGACAUUAAGGCAUUACACUUUGAAGGGAUACCAAGCAUGGAUCACACCACAAACCUUGACAAGCUUCUGAAUCAACAUAAGAUUGUGUUUGCAAAGGGCAUAGGGAAACUCAAGGACAUUAAAGCUCACCUUAGCCUUAAGGAUAAUGCACAUCCAAAAUUCCUCAAGGCGCGUAGCGUACCUUAUGCCAUGCGACCCAAGAUAGAAAAGGAGUUGGAUAGACUUCAGCAUGAAGGGAUCAUACAUCCUGUGGCUCACAGUGAUUGGGCAACCCCUAUUGUCCCAGCCCUGAAAAAGAAUGGUAACAUUCGCAUAUGUGGUGAUUAUCGAGUUACAGUUAACCCAGUUUUGAAAGUGGAUCACUAUCCGUUACCUAAAAUUGAUGAUAUAUUCGCCAAUCUCUCUGGAGGCAAGAAGUUCUCAAAAAUUGACCUCACUCAAACAUACCACCAGAUGGAGCUUGAUGAAGCAUCGAAGCAGCUUCUCGUCAUCAACACGCAUAAAGGACUGUAUAUGUACAACCGACUAGUAUUUGGAAUCGCUUCAGCCCCGGCUAUGUGGCAGCGGGCCAUAGAACAAGUUCUACAGGGCAUUCCACACACCCAGUGCAUCUUGGAUGACAUCAUCAUCACUGGUACUUCGGAUGAGGACCACAAGCGUAACCUCAGCAAGGUGUUGUCACGUCUCGAUGAAUAUGGCUUGCGUGUCAAUUUGGACAAAUGUGAAUUCUUUAAGAAGAGGGUGAGUUACUGUGGACAUGAGAUCGACGAAAAUGGCUUGCAUAAGUCACCAGAUAAAAUCACUGCAAUUACUGAGGCACCCAGGCCUGAAAAUGUUACACAACUAAGAGCAUUCCUGGAAUUGGUCAAUUAUUACCACCGCUUCAUCCCGAACUACUCCACAGUUGUCUCCCCUUUGAACGGACUCCUCCAGGACAAGGUGAAAUGGGAAUGGACAAAUUCACAUGAUUCCGCAUUCCGGAAAGUGAAACAUUCUGGCUUCUGA